AUCUACCAGGGCGAGUGGUUUAGUUUGCCUUGAAACAAAACAAGGAAGGAGAAGGAGAGAUUACUUCCCUGCAACAAAUAGUUAUAGCCAUGGCGGCAGGCCUUUCUGGUGUUAUCAAGUGUGUUAUAUUUGCCAUCCUGAUCCCGAUCGUGUCUGCCGGAGACAAUGAUUGCAAAUCCUACUAUGACUACCUUCGUGCCUACCACCCAGCAGAGACAUGCUCGGUGUUUUGUUGUGGAUCCUGUUUCAAAAGAUAUUGUUGUCGAGACUCCUUCAUGCGAUUCACAGAAGAUGUGCAGGAGGCCUGCACUGAUCAUGGGUAUUUCAUUCUAUUAACUUCUCAUUACUUAUAUAUUAAGUACCAAAUACUAAAAUGUGUUUAUGGCAGUUCUUCCAGUAGUCCCAUAACCUUCGGCUUCGCGGUUGCGGCUGUAGUCAUCGGCAUUCUGAUCAUCAUAUCCUGCUGUGUCUGUCCCUGCUGCUGCCUCUACAAGAUCUGCCGCAAGCCACGGCCGGUUAUAGCCACCACCACACACACCACAGUGGUCACACACACACCUCAACAUUACCCCCAGCAGCCAACAGCAUCCCCUGGGAUUCAGGGGCCAUCCUACCAGGGGGGCCAGGUCCCAGGCUACCAGUCCAUCCCUGUCCAGCCUGGUUACGGUGCACAGCCCAUGCCUCAGCAAUACGGUGCUCAGCCCAUGCCCCAAGCCUACGGUGGUCAGCCCAUGCCCCAAGCCUACGGUGGUCAGCCCAUGCCCCAAGCCUACGGUGGUCAGCCCAUGCCCCCAGCACCCUACCCAGCAUAUACACCUGGACCCCCUCCAGCCUACCAGGAAGCCAUGGGCCCGAGUUACGGCCCGUCUCCGAUGGCCUACAGCCAGGCUGCCUUCACACCAGGACAGCCCUCCUACCCUCUCCAACCUCCCGGCCAGCCCCACGCCCAGGCCAUUGCGCCGCCCCCACCAGCGGACCAUGGCCAGCCCGCCUACAACCCGGCUUAUGCUCAGCCUCCGCCCAAGACUGGAUAUUAAGCGAGCACCUGAGCCAUAUUGCGUUGCCUUGUCAUGCUUUUCUUCUACGUAGUUUAUUUGUUUGAUGUUUUUUUAUUGUUCUUGAGUUGUUGCUGUGUUUUAUGAUGGUUGAGAUGCUGGGCUUUAAUGGCACUUUAUAUUUCUGUGUGCAUCGUUAGCGUUAAGGUGUUUUAGGUUAGGUCAAAUAAAAAUUUACUUGUUUGUGGAGGAUAUAUUGUUCCAUAUUUAACCACUUCUUCAGUAUGUAUGCGUGUUUAUCCAGCAUCAGAGACCUAAGAUACAUGUUAACAAGGGGUGGGUUACGGUUGGAGGGUUACUGAUUAGCCAGAGAACAUAUGGAUGGAACCCAGUACCUCGGCUUGAUUCAAAUAACCUAACCAUUGGACCAUCAUGCCUUCAUUUUUUGUUCAAAACAGGAUUACAGCCUUUUUUUUUUUUUUCAUGGACUGAUAGCGGUCUCUAGGUUGUCAACAUCAGAACUUGCAUCAUGUUACACCAAUCCUAAGUCAGGGUACCUCUGUGUGUUUUCGAAUGUCAGUGUGCUCAGGAAACGCAUCCUUUAAUCCUUAUGAACAGGCCUUACCGUAGGAUCUGACAUUUAUCAGGUGUAAUGUCAGUCAUCCCUCCCCCUCAGUGAUUGAUAAUCCUCUCUCCUGCACCAUAAGUAAUGACUUUGGCUAGUGAUACUGAAAUAUCCCCAUUGUCAAUUAAAGACGGCAGCGCUCGCUUUACGAUGUGCUAGCUGGAGGCAGACAUGGAUGUUCUGGGAUUCAAUAAUAUUGGCAAAAUGGUUGUUCAACUACUUUCCUUUUACAGCCGUGUUUCAACUUGUAACAUGUAAAGGGAACUGCUGAGAUUAAACACGCCUAAAGCCUCA